CGCCGCCCUCCGGGUCCAGCGCGGGGCUUAGGGACCGCUGGAGCGCGGGCCUUGGCGCGCCCCCGGGAUCCGCGCAGAAAGACGCGGCCCCACUCCCACCCGACCCCCUGCGCCCUCCCGCCGCGCUGGAGCGCCAACUUCCCCAAGAACGCUCCAACUCCGGGCCACCCUGCCGGGCAGAGGGGGCGCUGCUGCGGGGCUCGAGCCGUGAGGACGCGCCCCUGGCCCCUGGGAACAAGCCGGCAUCUUCGGGGUCGCUCGGGCGCCCCUGAGCGGGUGGCAGCGGCCGCAGACGUCUCUCCUCGGAGUCCAGGACCUGCCAGCGCUGGCGAUUCCUCCAGGGCAGGCGCUUGCCCUCUCUUUUAUGGAGCUUGGUUCUCUGCCCCAGCCCCGUGGAGGCUGUGGGCGUGUCCAGUCCAGACCCCUGGUUUCCAGCCCCGUGGCCCAUCCCUGGCUGCGGGGAGUGGAAGCUCCCAGGAGGUAGCGGUGGCCUGCAGCGGCCCCGUCCCGGCAGCGAGCCAUGGGCCAGAAGCUCUCGGGGAGCCUCAAGUCGGUGGAGGUGCGGGAGCCGGCUUUGCGGCCGGCCAAGCGCGAGCUGCGGGGAGAGGAGCCGGGGCGGCCGGCGCGACUGGAUCAGCUGCUGGACAUGCCGGCGGUGGGGCUGGCGGUGCAGCUGAGGCACGCGUGGAACCCUGAGGACCGCUCGCUCAACGUCUUCGUCAAGGAUGACGACCGGCUCACCUUCCACCGGCACCCGGUGGCGCAGAGCACGGAUGGCAUCCGCGGGAAAGUGGGCCACGCGCGUGGCCUGCACGCCUGGCAGAUCCACUGGCCUGCGCGGCAGCGGGGCACGCACGCGGUGGUGGGCGUGGCCACGGCGCGGGCCCCCCUGCACUCGGUGGGCUAUACCGCGCUGGUGGGCAGCGACGCCGAGUCCUGGGGCUGGGACCUGGGCCGCAGCCGCCUCUACCACGACGGCAAGAACCGGCCCGGCGUGGCCUACCCCGCGUUCCUGGGGCCUGAGGAGGCCUUUGCGCUGCCCGACUCACUGCUCGUGGUGCUGGACAUGGACGAGGGCACACUCAGCUUCGUCGUGGACGGCCAGUACCUGGGCGUGGCCUUCCGUGGCCUCAAGGGCAAGAAGCUCUACCCGGUGGUGAGUGCCGUGUGGGGCCAUUGCGAAGUCACCAUGCGCUACAUCAAUGGCCUUGACCCCGAGCCCCUGCCGCUGAUGGACCUGUGCCGGAGAUGCAUCCGCCUGGCCCUGGGCCGCCAGCGCCUACAGGACAUCAGCUCCCUGCCCCUGCCCCAGUCUCUCAAGAACUAUCUGCAGUACCAGUGAGCGGGGGCAGCGGGGGCACCCAGAGCCUGGGCCUGUCCCUUCUCGGUCACACAAUACGUCAGGAAGGAGUCUCCCUCCCCACCCCGGUUUGCCGGAACAUUCAGUUCUUUGAAAGGCCGGGACGUCUUCCCCAGUUUGGAAACACAAUGUCUGUUGCCAAAAGGAUUUGCUGCCUUGGAAGCCACCCUCCCAAGUCAGAAACCUCUUUGGAAGCCAGGAAGAGCCUGGAGCCUGCGCCGGGUUGGAGAUCCUGCCCCGCUGAGCAGGACACAGCGGCCACCGAUAUUGAUCCACAAGCCUGUUUCCUUAUUCAAGAGAAUGAAUAAAACAUUUGGGCAGGAGACUCUGUGUUGUGGCCCCGCUGCAGACAGGGCCAGGGGGAAAUUGGCCCGCUCUGGGGAGAACUUUGCCUCUGAAUAAUGAAUGGUGAAAGCAGCUUGACGCGUGCCCUUUGUGCCCCCCGCACCCCUCCCAGAGCAGCAGGAUUGUCAGGACACUUUAGGACUCUCUGCCCCUUUGAAAGACUUGUGACCCAGGGAUGCCCAGCUGUGGAAUUGGCGAGUGGACAAAACGGUGUUGAGACUCGUCCCAGCUUACCUCUCUGAAUGUUGUUUACCUCCCCUCUCAUGAGCUCCCCAUCCUGACCCCCCAGUCUUUGGAUUCUCCGGGCACCUCUCUUCAGGGAAGCUGAGUCUGACAAAUUCACCCCAGGGAAUGAGUGUCUCCUUUAUUAUUGUUGUUAUUUUAAGUAGUGAUGCAUUUUAAAAGAGGAGUGUGGUGAGGGCAGUACUUAGUCCACAGGUGCUAAUGGGGGGCUUGGGGGCCUUGUGACACCCGAGGGGGUGAUGUCCUUGGCUGGGGAGCCUUCCGGGGGGCUGAGGGUCUCCAGGCAACUGUCCAUUCAGGAUGCAGCCUGGCUGCCACAAAGCUUUAUUUGAGCGAAUUAUUUUUUCACUUGAGGAGACUCAUGCGAGUUUGCUUCUGUUUCACGCGUGUGUGUGUGUGUCUGUGUGUGUGUGUGCGCGCGCAUGCAUGUGUGACGUGCUGUGUAUUUAUCAGCUUGGGGCCACGGGGCAGCCUUGUAAGUGGAAGGGUGGACAUGGGGCACCUUCUCCACCGGCCUGGCCUGUCCUCCCUGGGGACCCAUGCUGCUGCCGCCACCGCCGCCACCACACGGCAUCUCUUGUGUUUCCAACACUCCCUGCCCAGACCGAUUUUUAACUGGAAAUUGUCACAACAGUGGGACACCAGAGCCCCAGACGGCACUGCCUCCUGCCACCUUAAUGUGAAUUGACUGAUGAAUGAAGAGCGUUUCUAAUAAAGUCUG